AUGUCUCCCACAUCUCUCCCUUUCUCUCACAAGAGGCGCCCUUUCAGGCGAGAACGACUCGUUCUCACCUGCUCUCUCGCCCUGGCGACGCUCAUAGCAUCAUUCGCGCUGCUCGUCCCGUCAACCGCCGCCACGCUGAAGCUCGGCCCGUACAUCGCGCCGGGCGCCACGGACAACCGCGGCCCGUGCCCGGCGUUCAACACAAUGGCGAACCACGGCGUGUUUCCGCGCGACGGCUCCGCCAUUCCGCGCAAGCGCAUCGUCCACGCCUUCCGCAAGUUCUACUCCUUCUCCCCGACGGUGACAAACGCGCUGAUCAAGGGCGCGUUCUCCAAAGGCGUCGGGGAUCCCAAGGCGGGGACGAUCGAUCUCGUGCAGCUCCGCGCGCACAACAAGAUCGAGCACGACGUCUCGCUCGUCCGCGACGACGCGUACCUCGGUAACAACUACCUCGUUAACGACACGCUCUUCAACCAAAUGCUUAAGUUCUCCUCGACGAAAAAAUACAUGACUCUCCGCGAGAUCGGCCGCUUCCGCAAGCACCGCUUUUACGCCUCCCAUAAGAACAACCCCCAGCUCAAUUACGAUACGAACUUCGAAGCCGUGGCGUUUGGGGAAGCAGCAGCGCUGGCAGGGGUGUUCGGCGGAAGAUUGCGCUUCUACGCGGUUCCGGUUGACUACCUCAAGUCGUUUCUCCGCGAUCAACGCUAUCCUAAAAACUUCAGGCCGCCGCUUGUUCCGCUGAGCUUCCCCGAGCUGCUCGCCGUCGCGGCGCGCAUCAAGGUCGCCGCGUUUUUCGCUUGA